UUGAUUCAUGGCGUGAAAAUUGCAGCUAGCUAGCAGUUAGCUACCGGCACCGGCACCGAGCAGCGCGGAUGGUCGGGGCUGCCCGUUUUACGAACUUUUACACACAUACGUGCUACGAGUGGGACCGCCAGUCUUCGAGGACCACCGUCAGCGGAGUUUAAAGGGACCGAUUAGCCAAGGCUAGCGCGCCCUCGUUCACGGCGAUGCGUCCGUUAGCGUGCUAGCUAGCUAGCCGCGUUAGCUCGCGAGGCUAGGCGGGACGGGGAUGGGUCAAGACGGCCCGUGACAAGCAUCUGCCCGGAGCUGUACGUGAAGCGCGUUUGUAGCCGAGGCGGUAGUUAGGUUACGUUUAGUCCAAACGGCUCCCAGAGUCGGGUUUGGGACGUUAGCCGUUAGUCUGCACCGUCCCCGGCCCGCCGCGCGCGUGAGAGAACGCACUUUCCCGGUGGCGGGGGGGGAGAGAAAAAAAAAAAAUUCCGGGAGGAUUUGACAGUUUCCGAGCUCCGCGCGAUAUUCGGAGCCGCGUGCAAUGGGGAAUACGGUGUCCUGCUGCGUGUCUCCCGGCGGGAGUCCAAAGCUCCCGCGGCCAGAGGAUCGCGUGGAGUCCUACCAGAUAAACACAGACUUUAGCGACGACACCGGCCCGUACCUGCAGCACAUCAGUGACCGGGAGCUGCCCGACGAUUUAGCUCUGGAGUCUAACCCUUCGGACCACGCCCGUGCCAGCACCAUCUUCCUCAGCAAGUCUCAGACAGACGUCCGGGAUAAGAGGAAAAGCAAUCAUAUAAAUCACAUAUCUCCUGGUCUCCUCUCCAAAAAAUACAGCUCCUGCUCGACGAUAUUUAUCGAUGACAGCACGGUCAGCCAGCCCAACCUAAAAAGCACUAUCAAAUGUGUUACAUUAGCAAUAUACUACCACAUUAAAAACAGGGACUCAGACAGGUCACUGGACAUCUUCGACGAAAAGAAACAUCCACUGUCUAGGGAUCUGGUCCCCGAUGACUACUUCCGCACGGACCCUGAACACAAGCUCAUCUACCGCUUCGUCCGGACCCUGUUCAGCGCCGCCCAGCUGACGGCCGAGUGCGCCAUCGUCACGCUGGUGUAUUUGGAGAGGCUGCUGACUUAUGCGGAGAUUGACAUCUGCCCUUGUAACUGGAAGAGGAUCGUACUGGGAGCCAUCCUGCUGGCCUCCAAAGUCUGGGAUGACCAGGCCGUCUGGAACGUGGACUACUGCCAGAUCCUCAAAGACAUCACUGUGGAGGACAUGAACGAGAUGGAGCGGCACUUCCUGGAGCUGCUGCAGUUCAACAUCAACGUGCCGGCCAGCGUCUAUGCCAAGUACUACUUCGACCUGCGCUCGCUAGCCGAUGACAACAACCUCAGCUUCCCUCUGGAGCCCCUGAGCAACGAGCGCGCUCACAAGCUCGAGGCGAUCUCCAGACUGUGCGAGGACAAGUACAGAGACCUGAGCCGGGCUGCUAUGAGGAGGUCGUUCAGCGCGGACAACCUGGUGGGCAUCCGCAGGUCCAACGCCGUGCUCUCCUAGACCCCUGACCUCUAACCCCUGCACAUAGAGCUCGCGUUCACGAUGCCCCUUGAACUCGCCCCUCCCCGUCCUCUGGUUCUUUCCUCCAGUACACUGAGGACUCCUACCUACACCAGUGCAAAACGACUUCUCCACAUAGAAACAAAAAACUGACUGAAGGAUUGUUUUCUUUUGUUUUUUUUGCUUACUAUGUAGGCUACUAGCUGUGAAAUUUGUCAGUUUUUAAUUGAAAUCAAUUGCAGAUGGAGUAUUUUAAAUAAACACUAAUCAUGUAAA